UGGGUCGCUGCUGGUCGCUAGCAGCUCAGAGACUCCGUACUCCGUUACGAAGCGACGCGGAGCAGAGAUAACGGGUUGCACACGACGGACAAACCCCCGACCACCGCCGCACACGAUGCGUCUUUUAGUCUCUAUUUUAUGAACACCAUCGGACUUGGCGGGCUUCGGUGUGCACAAACGGCGUCGUCUCCCGUCCGUGUUUCGCCGCCCAUGGGAGCGCAGUAGCUAGCUAACUGGAGGAUGAUGAUGUCUCAUCGGUGGAAUCACCCCGACUGAGAUGGACCCAGCGACCCAGCUACGGCGGAGUCGUAGCCUGCUAGCCAGCUAGCGAGCCGAGCUCUCAUGAUCGGACCCCUUCUGCGACGAGCGAACGGCCGGGAGAGAUCCGUCCCCGACACGAUACUUUAUUCAGACCCCGUUAUGAGGCUGUACGGAUUCCAGCGAGACAUGUUAAAAUGUUAACUAGCACCGUUGCUAACUUUACCUAGGCUAGGUUAGCCACACGUGACCCCAUCCUUGCAUACAUCUCUGCCGUCCUCCGGGUGAUUAAGUGACGUUCGUGUGGCAGUGCGCACCAGGAUGGCGGAGCUAAUGGACAGCGCCCGGAAGCUGGGCUGGGUUCUCCUGAAUUGUACCGUUCGUUUUAUUUUUAUGUUCAUCAACAACUUUGUAGCCAUACCUUCCUACUGUUUAUACCUUAUACUUCUUCAACCGCUGAGAAUAUGGGACAGUCCUACGUUUUGGUACAUUGAAGGAAUUAUGUUCAAAUGGAUGCUGGCCAUGGUGUCUUCGUGGGGCUGGGUCGCAGGGUAUACAGUGACGGAGUGGGGCGACGACGUGAGGCCGUUCUCGGAGGACGAAGCCAUGGUCAUCGUGAACCACCAGGCGACUGGGGACGUGUGCACGCUCAUGAUGUGCCUGCAGGACAAGGGCACGGUGGUUAGGAAGAUGAUGUGGUUGAUGGACCAUGUUUUCAAGUACACCAACUUUGGCCUGGUGUCCCUCAUACAUGGAGACUUCUUCAUCAAACAGGGUAAAACCCACCGGGACAAGCAGCUCAUCUACCUGAAGGACCACCUGGACCGGUACUACCAGAGCCGUGACAGGAAGUGGAUAGUGCUGUUCCCCGAGGGGGGUUUCCUGCGCAAGCGGCGGGAAACCAGCCAGGCGUUCGCCAAGAAGAACUCGCUGCCCCACCUGACCCACGUGACCCUGCCGCGGCUGGGCGCCACACAGGUCAUCCUGCGGACCCUUGGAGCCCAGCAGGAGAACGGCAGCGUCAGCAGCGAGAGCGGGCCCCAAAGCCAGUCAGGUUAUAAACGCAAAGGCUUGCAGUGGGUGGUGGAUGUGACUAUAGCCUACCCCCAGGCCCGGCCCAUGGACAUACAGACCUGGAUCUUCGGCUACCGACCCCCCACCGUCACACACGUGCACUACAGAGUGUACCCCAUAAAGGAGGUUCCUGUUGACACGGCGCCCCUGACAGACUGGCUAUACCAGAGGUUUGUGGAGAAGGAGGAUCUGCUGACCCACUUCUACGCAACGGGCUCCUUUCCUCCCGCCAAGGGGCAGAAGGAGAUGCCUUCCCGGGCGAUGACCCUGGACCCGGUGUGGCUGUGCUUCAUCCAGUCGCUGGCCUUCGCCUCCGGCUACAUGUGGUACCGGGUCCUCCAGUACGCCUACUGCUGGGUUUUCUGAGCCACAGUCGCCAGGGCGACGGCCUCCAGAGGGACCAUGGGAAAGACUCAGGAUCAGUGGGAUGUGUGGCCCAGUGUUGUACUAGACCCCCCCCCCCCCCACCCCCCCCUGCCCUGCCCAACCCCGCCACCCCCAACCAAUCCCUCCCCAACGAUGGAUGAAUGUACAUUUGCGAAAAAGCCGGAGAGACACUGGUGGGGGGGGGGGGGGGCAUCAUAGAAAAGAAGUAAACGGAAUAAAACUACACAUGAAUAAGAAAAUGAAAGCCCACCCAAGCCUCUUAUAAGGCUGCUCAUGUUUAGACACACACAAGUACUGACUCUCACACACUCCACCGGCCCGCCCCAGCAGGCGGCCCAUCCUCCUCUCUCACACUUGUCGUCAAAAGUAACGCUUUAAUGUUUACAUCUCCACCCCCCCCCCCCCCCCCCCCCCCCCAUCACAUAUGAGGCUCAGGACUCCCCCGGGAGUAUUUUUUCGACUAUCUGUCAAUCUCCCUGGGCUUUACCCGUGAUAGUUUUACAGUUAAGUGUGUUUGAUUGUGUGUGUGAGUGUGUGUGUGUGUGUGUGUGUGUGUGUGUGUGUCUGUGUUCUGAAGUUAGUAAAAAAGCGUAAUGCCUGCCCUAAAUCGUACGGGCCGGACCAGAAGAAGCCCCUUGGAUCCUGCUCUCUGUCUUAGUCUCAGCCUGUUGCCAUCGGUAUUGAGCGCGGUGGGGGCUGCAGAGACCCCCCUCCCACGGCCGACCAGCGGGGGUCUCUUCAUUGCACUAAGGAUCCAUACUGCCCACCCCGUGUCCCCCCCUGACGACCCCCCUGGGAGACAGACCCUCACCUGGAGCUCUGGACGUUUUUUAAUUGCUUUCAAAAGAAAAAAAAUCUCUCUUGCUCUCUCUCUCUCUCUCACUACACAUCUAUUGGCCUCCAUACGUUGUGCUCCCUGUGACGAGGGCCACAGUGUGUGUUGUCAUUAGGCUCCGAGUUCCCCCGGGAGCGAGGGAGGGCUCCUGUUUACACCGCUCGGCCCUGAAGGGACGCUGGCUCUCACGACUUCGGGUUUGGGCCCCGAGGCCGGUGCCCGUGUGCCAGGCCCGUCCCGGGGCAGUGGCCACGGCCACAAUCAGUGGCCAACGACUGCAUGACUUCAACGAGGGCAGAACUCUUGCCAGCUCCAAUUUCCCGCUACUGGAGAAAAUUGCAGAGGACCCCCCUCCUCCGCCCACUCCCUAUUAAGUGUCUGCCCGCCAUGCACAGGACACACACACGCGCACACACACGUGCACACGUACACUCUCCAACCAUGUGCAGCUACACAAACUAAGAGUAGCUGUCCGACUCGAACCCACGCCAGACUGAAGGCAGCGCCAGAGAGGUGAUUCCUACUGGGAACGCCUAGUUUUACAAAUAUUUAAGCCAUACGCUUAGUGUCGUUUAAGGGACAAGGACAAUGGGGAAAGGAGGGUGGGCAAAAAAGGAAAAGGAUCAUUCUUAAUAGAAAAGCUUACCCUAAUGUUCAGCAUACUAAAACCUAGGUGUCAGUUCUGUAAAUGUACAGCAUAACCUGCCUAUGUGAGUGUGUUUGUGUGUGUGUCUGUGUGUGUGUGUGGGAGAGCGCGUGCGUGCGUGUUUGUGUGGUUGUCUUUCAACACCCCCUCCCUCCCCGAACCAACCUGCUCCCUGUUUAUUUUAAAUUUUUUAUCUAUACAAAUUAAUGUUGUGUUGCUCUGUGGCGUCAGAGUGCGAGGACAGCUCACCGUGGCGGAGUGUUUUCAUUUGUUUUAAAUUACUUGAACCGUCGUACCCCUGUUAUGGUAUGUUUAAUUUUGUACAUAACAAAGAAGAGGAAGGAUCUCUUUGUCUAUCAAUGACUGCAAGGUUGUGUCACGCGUCGGCACUCAGCUUUUAUUAUUUCAGAUUGUUUUUAUUUUUUUAAAUUAUCAUGAAUGUUUUAAAAGAGAAAAAGGCAAGGUUUUCCCCUGUGUCCAGUGUUGUAUCUUUCUUUUCUUGUUUUGGGGUGACACCAAACUAGGACGCUACUAUAUGCCACAAAAAGUCCGUUUUGAGAGACGGCCAGUCUCUUCGUCCAAUGACACGCGGGCCCAGUUCAAAGUUGAGCCCCGCCCCUUCCUUCGCCUAGCCCGGAGCAUCAAAGAGUGAAAACACUGAUGAAGGCUUGUGCAUGUAGGAUUCUGUGGGAUAUCUUUGCUUUCCAGCUUGCCCCUAAAAACACGUUUGAUGGCUAUAGACUGUUAAGAGGCAACCCACCACACAGCCUGGAGCCUAGUCCCAUGCUGCCAGUCUACAUUCACUCUGAUGCGGGGGAGGGGAGGGGAGGGGAGGGGAGGGGGAGGGGGGGGGUACCAACACUGUAACUGGGCCAGGAGAGGAAAGCAAUAGUUGUUCCCCUUUUCAUUUUUUUUUGUUUGAUUUGGGGCGUUUUUGUAAAGGGAAGUUCACACAGGGCCCAGCAAUGAUGCGGCGAUGUUGUAUUGAGAGUCAAUGUGAAAGGUUCUGACCCUGCUCUCCUGACGAGCAGCAGGAGGAACCGCCUCCAGGGAGGGGGAGAUGAAGUGGAUACACAAAUGCAAUGAGGUUGCAUUGAAGCCCACCCCUCUCCUUUCAGGGGGAGUAUACAUGUAGGAGCUGUGUAUGAAAUGCAGAGGGCUACCUGACUAGGUAGAUGUGAAACCCUUUUCGGGGCUAGACUGAAACGUGUCUAUUCGUCCUGCCACCCUGAGAUGUUCCCCGGUAUGAAUAGGAGAUGCCACAAGUCGUUUAUUUUCCAUUUUUCUUCCCAAGGCCGCUUUUCCAAAGAAGGCAGAGAUGGUGGGCAGGGGGAGGUUUUUCCUAGAUAUGGUUAUAGGAAAUGAACACAAUAGAAAUUAAAAACAAAUGAUACUAGAAUUGUCUGUAAUUUUUCCAUUUUGUACUUCUCCUUUAAUUCCUAGCUACACAGCCAUUUUACAACACAGAGACCUUGUGCUGGAAUAAAACAUCAAAAUGAUC